AUGAAUAUUACUGAACAUAUUGAUAAUAUAUUUAAUCCUUUUAUAUUAAAUUUAUUUAUUAUUAAUAAAAGUUUAUCAUGUACACAAAUGGAAUCAUUACCAGUAUCUGGUUUAUUUAAUUUUUAUCGUGCUAUUGGUUUAUUAUUAGGUCCAUUAAAUACAAUAUUAAAUGGUUUAUGCGUUCAUAUAUUUAAUCAUCAUUUAUGGAAAAAAUCAAUAAUGAGUAAAAUAUUAAAAGGAUUAUCAUUUAUUGAAAUUGGUAUGGGAUUAAGUUUAUUUAUUCAUGCAUUAAUAUUUUCCCAAAAUUCUAUAUCAUCUUAUUCUAAUGAAAUUGUAUACAAUAUAACUAAUAAUAAUAAACAUAGAAAUGAAUUACAACAAGAUUUAAUAUAUACAAAUGAUUAUAUUAAAACAAUAUGCUCAUUUUUUAUUACAACUAUAUCCAGUAGAUUUUUAGUAGCAUUUCAAAUAUCACGUAAUUGGUCUGUUGUAUUAUUAGCUGCAUAUCGUUAUGAUCAAAUAUGUCGACCUAUUGGUACAUCUAGUAUAUUUUCACGUCAACGUAUACGUUAUAUAAUAAUGAUUAUAAUAUUUUUAGCAUGUUUAAUUAUUAUACCAAGAAUAUUUGAAAAUGGUAUAGUUGUAUGUUAUAUAACAGGUAAUGUAUCAAAAGAUUAUCCAUUAUUAAUUCAUUAUAAAUUAUAUCAAAUUUUAUAUUUAGGUUUACUUAUGUUUAUUAUACAAUCUGGUGGUCCAGUUAUAUGUGUAUGUGUAUUAAGUGCAUUUGUAAUAAGAAUUAUAGCAAAACGACGAAAAUUUCAUCAAGAAAAAGAACAACGUUCAGCUAGAAAUUUAUUAAGACGUCAAACAAUGGAAAUAGAAUAUAAUCAAUCAAAUUUAAAAAACAAUCACAUUAAUAAUAAUAAUAAUAAUAAUUUACAACGUAAUUCAAAUGGUUUAAUAAAAGAAUUAAUUGAAAGACCAGCUCCAUCAGGUGAUAAAUUAAUGUUUACUGUUUGUAUAACAUUUUUUAUAUUAGAAACUCCAGCAUUUUUUAGUAAAAUAUUAAAUCCUUAUUUAGAACAAGAUUAUCCAUUAAUUGAUUUAAUUAUAUCAGUGAUUGCAAAUUUAUUAAUUUAUUUAGAUUCAACAUUAAAUGCAUUUAUUUAUAUGGCAUCAAAUCCAUUAUUUCGUAAAAUUGUUCGUAAUGAAUGUAUACAAUAUCGUAAUCGUUUAAUUUGUUGUCAAUCAUCUAAAUCUAUUCAUCAAUUAACUAGAAUAAAUCCUAGUUUAGACAAUGAACCAAAUGUUAUUUCAAUAAACUCAUAAG